AUGCUAAGUAUAAUAAUAGGGCAAGUGGGUGAUGCAUCUAGAUCCUAUUACCAGGGCCAAAGGCUAGAUCCAAGAAUGGCCUUAGAGAGACAAGGCCUCAAAGAUCCCAGAUCUCAGCCUCGUGAGGAAGACAUGGAAGUUGGGUAUGAGGAUAAUCUCUCGUCGCAGACUUUUGAAGGUCUUGAGCAGAAAUUCCUUGAUGACAUCAUGAAGCUAAGCAAGGAACAAACUGAUGCAGAGGAUGCAGAAAAUGCUAGACAUAGGCAGGAUUGCAUUUUUCAUUCCAUGUUGCUAAUUUGCUGGAUUUUUGCUGCUGGUUUGCUCUAUUUCUUCUUUGUGCUAUUGCUGUUUCUUUUGGGUGUCAUUGGGUCAUCUGAAUGUUGGGUUCACUAUUGUUUGGUUGCUGGUUAUUGGCCUUAA